AUGCCCACAUAUGCCUUGCCCAAGCUAGGGGAAACAGCGGGCGGCGAGCUGACAUACAAAGUCUACCUCUCCCAAAUCUUAAGCUGUCAGCGUUCCACAGCGACACAGCGAGCAUGCGCGAAGAGAACACUCUACGAUUAUUCUACGAACGAAAAACUGCUCACCAGUUGCCAUGAUAGAUAUAUCGCUGUGUCUGUGUCCAUGGAGCAAGUGAUUACUACGGAUGAGAAAUCACGGCUUGCACCUGUGGAAGUUGACAACAGCUCUGGAAGGGAAGAUGGCGCUCAACCGCAAGGACAUAUAAACAACAUUGUCGAAGGCUCCUCACCCUCUCCCCCAGCAGAAGACUGGUUCACAUGGAUGGAAGUUCUAGGGGCUUUUUGCUUGAAUCUGAAUACAUGGGGACUCAUGAACGCCUACAGCGUCUUUCAAGCCUUCUAUGAACUUGACUUGCUGGCUACAAGGUCUUCUUCGAACAUAUCAUGGAUUGGCUCGACGUUUCUCAUGUUCAUCAUCUUCAUGAUUGUGGGUCCAAUCAUCAACACAGACUAUCUAAGAUCGCUGCUCGGAAUUGGAUUGUUGCUCACCGUUCUCGGGAUUUUCAUGACAAGCCUCUGCAAUGAGUACUGGCAGGUGUUUCUCGCUCAGGCUAUUACCAUGGGUCUAGGGUUUGGUUACCUCUAUGUACCUACUCCGACUAUUGUCUCACAGUACUUUCAUACUAGUACUACACUUGCGAUGGGUGCGUCGUCGGCUGGUGGUGCUCUCGGUGGCGUAAUAUAUCUGAUUAUUUUCACACGUCUCCAACCGCGGAUAGGCUUCGCGUGGGCAACCCGAGUUCUUGGCCCCAUGACAAAACAUACCCUGGUAGACCGAACCGCAUUCAAAGACGUGCCCUACAUCCUGCUGAACAUCGGCCUCAUCUUCGGCUUCAUGGGCUUCUACAUCAUAUUCUACUACAUCGAGCUCUACGCCCACCAAGAAAGCAGCGUCUGA